GGGCAAGCCGCUUAUAAGCUGGGCGAGCGAGUCCGCUCGCACCCAGGGAGGAUCGGGGAGGAUCGGGGAGCCUCGGACCGGUCAGCAUCUCCGCGUCACCAUGGAGCUGCAGCACCCCGAGUUCGCUCGUGCCGGCCAAGAGGCCGGCCUGCAGGUGUGGAGGGUCGAGAAGCUGGAACUGGUACCGGUGCCCCAGGGCGCCCACGGGGACUUCUACGUCGGGGACGCCUACCUGGUGCUGCACACGGCCAAGGCCAGCAGGGGCUUCUCCUACCGCCUGCACUUCUGGCUGGGAAAGGAAUGUUCCCAGGAUGAAAGCACAGCGGCGGCCAUUUUCACCGUCCAGAUGGAUGACUACUUGGGUGGCAAGCCAGUGCAGAGCAGAGAGCUUCAAGGCUAUGAGUCUACGGACUUCGUGGGCUAUUUCAAAGGCGGCCUGAAAUACAAGGCCGGAGGUGUGGCUUCUGGGCUAAACCAUGUUCUUACCAACGACCUGACAGCGAAAAGACUCCUGCACGUGAAGGGUCGGAGAGUGGUCAGAGCCACGGAAGUGCCCCUCAGCUGGGAGAGCUUCAACAAGGGAGACUGCUUCAUCAUUGACCUCGGCCCUGAAAUUUAUCAGUGGUGUGGUUCCUCAUGCAACAAAUACGAGCGUCUGAAAGCAAGCCAGGUCGCCAUUGGCAUUCGAGACAACGAGAGGAAAGGAAGAUCUCGGCUUGUAGUGGUGGAAGAAGGAAGUGAACCGUCAGAGCUUAUGGAGGUUUUAGGGGAAAAGCCUGAACUUCCAGAUGGGGACAGUGAUGACGAUGCCCUGGCAGACAUAGGUAACAGGAAGAUGGCAAAGCUGUACAUGGUUUCAGACGCAAGCGGGUCCAUGACAGUGACUCUGGUGGCUGAAGAAAACCCCUUCUCCAUGGCAAUGCUGCUCUCUGAAGAAUGCUUCAUUUUGGACCAUGGCGCGGCAAAACAAAUCUUUGUAUGGAAAGGUAAAAAUGCUAACCCACAGGAGAGGAAGACGGCAAUGAAGACAGCUGAGGAGUUUCUACAGAAAAUGAAUUAUUCCACCAAUACUCAAAUUCAGGUUCUUCCGGAAGGCGGUGAAACACCAAUUUUCAAACAGUUCUUUAAGGACUGGAAAGAUAAAGACCAGAGCGAUGGCUUUGGGAAGGUCUACGUCACAGAGAGAGUGGCCCAAAUACAGCAGAUUCCAUUUGAUGCAUCAAAACUGCACAGUUCUCCGCAGAUGGCAGCCCAGUACCACAUGGUGGACGAUGGCUCUGGCACAGUGGAGAUCUGGCGUGUAGAACACAGUGGCCGGGUCCAGGUUGACCCAGACUCCUACGGCGAGUUCUACGGCGGGGACUGCUACAUUAUCCUCUACACCUAUCCAAGGGGGCAGAUCAUCUACACGUGGCAAGGAGCAAAUGCUACCAGAGAUGAGCUGGCCAUGUCUGCCUCCCUGACUGCUCAGCUGGGUCGGUCGCUUGGAGGACGGGCUGUGCAGGUCCGCGUCUCUCAAGGCAAAGAGCCCGCUCACCUGCUCAGUUUGUUCAAGGACAGACCGCUCAUUAUUUAUAAGAACGGAACGUCCAAGAAAGGUGGGCAGGCGCCCGCUCCCCCUACCCGCCUCUUUCAGGUCCGGAGGAACCUGGCCUCUAUCACCAGAAUUGUGGAGGUUGAUGUUGACGCAAACUCACUGAAUUCCAAUGACACUUUUGUCCUAAAACUACCACAGAACAAUGGCUUCCUCUGGAUAGGAAAAGGGGCUAGCCAGGAGGAGGAGAAAGGAGCAGAGUAUGUGGCUGAUGUCCUCAAGUGCCAAACUGCAAAAAUCCAGGAAGGCAACGAACCAGAGGAGUUCUGGGACUCUCUUGGAGGGCGAGGAGACUACCAGACUUCACCUUUGCUAGAAAUGCGGGCUGAAGACCAUCCGCCUCGGCUUUAUGGCUGCUCCAACAAGACUGGAAGAUUCAUUAUUGAAGAAGUUCCGGGAGAGUUCACCCAGGAUGACCUGGCAGAGGAUGACGUCAUGCUACUUGAUGCCUGGGAACAGAUCUUCAUCUGGAUUGGCAAAGAUGCCAAUGAAGUUGAGAAAAAGGAAUCAAUGAAGUCUGCCAAGAUGUACCUUGAGACAGACCCUUCUGGAAGAGACAAAAGGACACCGAUUGUCAUCAUAAAGCAAGGCCAUGAGCCACCCACGUUCACAGGCUGGUUUCUGGGCUGGGACUCCAGCAGGUGGUAAACUUCAGAGAAACCAGCAAAUAUCGUAGCCGCAUCAACGCAGCUGCCCCACUGUGUUGUGGCUGAUUUGUUGUUUACUUUCUGUUGUUUGGCUUUAGAAGAUUUUCUUCUGCCAAAGAGUAUUUUUAAAAUAAUGAAUAAGCCAUUCUUCCUGUCUUCCUCCUUCUCCUCUUCUUUUUCCUCCUCCUCCUCUUCUUUCUCCUCUAUCCUUUAAAGAAAUUGUCAUAUUUUAUUUUGCUUUUUAUAUGACCUAAAAGUAAGAGACUAUACUAGGGGGGUUUCUGAGGAAAAGAUUUUAUUAUUCAGCUGGCCAAACUUGUCAUAACACACAAGAGCUUCUAAGCAUCCUCCCUUCUGUUGGCAGGAAGGUUUGCGUUAGGACGGCUUUAACAAUGCCUUGCUGUUUUCCAUCUCAAAUCACUGUGACUCAGAUGCCUUCUGCUCCCAAGCUUUUUUUCCUAAGGUGAACUUCUUCAGUGUUUUUAGGAAACUGAAAUCUCAGGCCCUUCAUUAUAAAACAAAUCAUGUUCCUAUCAGUUUAACUUUAUAUAUUUGAUAGCACAUGCUUAAUAUCAUAAAGAAUAUGUGUUAAAUGCUGUUUUUCAUCAUUAAAAUAUAUCUUUUGAAAAAUA